AUGGCUAAUUUGCAGGACGAUGCCCAGUGUGAAGGCGCCGCUAUCGAAAAGUGGAUGGCCUCCUCCGAGGUGGAUCAGAAGGCCCUAGGCAACUUCGCGGCCGGGACGGCCCUCGAAAAUCCUUACUUGUCUGCAAUGCUCUAUCGAGUGCUCGGGGUGUCGGUAAUGUUGUCCAAGAAGCUGAUACGGGCCCGACGUUUAAGACGACUGGACACUACGCGUGAAACGAAGUCACUGCAAUUGUACCACCACCUCAUCUGGCUAUCGCGGGAGGGUCUAAUUAUCCUGGAGCAUUACGUCUUGCCUUUGGUCGCCGCGUUUGUCGAGUUGAAGGUGCUCACAUAUAAACUCCGCGCCUCCUUUUACCACAUCUUCGUGCUGUUCUACAAUCGUCCCGUCAUUAUACCCCCCGAUGCCGACCCGCCGGCCGAGCUGAAGCGUGAUUCGAUCUACAACCCAGAUCUACUCACUGCCCUGGAAGCAUCGGCGAUCAAGUCCCAUGGGAGAACAUCUCGACCACCGGGCCUUGCGCCUGUCCAGCCCCCACAGAACGCUUCCUCCUUUCUUCUGCCGCCAUUGGACUACACCAGCACCGCAACCGCCUGUUUCAACUACGCCUCGAUGCUAGCAGACAAGCUCCUCCCAGGCUCACACCCUUUACGCCUCUCCGUGAAAUUAGAGUACGCGGCCUAUCUCUACGACUGCCUCCAAGACCCAGUUUCCUCCCGACGUCUUGCCAAGCGAGCCAUUGCGGACGUCUACAAUGCCCAAGAAGGCAUGGACGACGAAAGUUUCGAAGAUGCCGCCGAGAUCGUCGGCAUUUUGGGCAAGAUGGUCAAACGGGGAGGCAAACCUGGCAGCAGCACGGCUGCCAGCAGCGUCUCCCGAGGCGAGCAUUCUCGAAGUCGAAGCAGUCAGUGUCCUUCGCAUUUCGACAUCAGUGCACCGACUACUGUUUCUCCUGGGCCUGUCACAAAGCCUUCUCCUAAUCCGUCUCGCGCUGCUGUUGCGACACCGGAACCUGCGGUGCCAAGUACGAAUAUGAUGAAUCCAAUUUGA